AUGGCCGAAUUAGAUCCCCAGCGAAGGAAUCCGCGGAGAGAAGCAAGAAAAAGACAGGGCUCAAGUCCACACCGCUCUCAAAGCCCUAAUAGACAGAGGCGGAAGAUGGAUCCUCAGGUUCUCGAAGAUCGCAUAAGGGAGCAAGACAAACUAGAUAAAAGGCAAAAAGAAGAAAAAAGGAGUCGGAGACAGAGAAGCAGGAUUCGAAGCAGAGAAAGUCGAAGAAGACGAAGACAGAGAAGGAAUAUUCGAAGAAAAAGAAGAGCAGUGAAGAAGAAAGACGAGUUAAAAGACGAACUUCUCAGGAUGAUGAUGAUGGUUCUAAGUCGGAGGAAGAACAAUUGCGUGACCAAAGAGAGGGAUGCAGCAGCAACAAGGAAACUAGCUGAGCCAAAAUUAACACAGAAGGAGGAAGAAGAAGCUGUUCAGAGAUCUAAUGCUUUGGAGGAAGAUGGCAUUGGAGCUAUAAGGAAAGUUUCAAGGCAAGAGUAUUUGAAGAAACUAAAGGAGCUUAGAGAUUAUAUAGAAGACGAGCAAUAUCUAUUUGAUGGUGUAAAAUUGACUAAAGCAGAAUAUCGUGAACUGAGUUGA